GUGCGUUUCGCCGCAAGGUAAAUUUUUACUGCCACCCAACCGAAGCUAUUCCUCAUAUAGACGUUAGGCAGCCUUCGACCAUCACGUUCCUCCGAUUUCAGGCAACAGUUCAAAUGUAUACGCUUCGGAGAUGGGGAAUGACGAGGGCGGUUUGAUAGUGAGAUAAGAUGUGCAUACAUAUUUCUAUGUAUUGCAAGCGGGAAGGUUCAAGCUUCCAUACCAUCCGCCCACUUGCCAUGCUCUGCAAGUUAUCUGUUACCUGGAACCGGAAUCAUGAUCUCGUCAAAAUCAAACGGCUGCGAGCUGCUUUCCCAUCGAAGCUGUGCCAAAAGUGACAUAAAUUCCACCCGCAAGUAUAUAUAGGCACUCGUCGAUUUCUACUCCACGACCUUCACAACAUGAGAAAACGUGCCUUCCAACAAGUCUUGCUGGCGACGCUUGUAGCAGGAUCGUCUCUCUCCGGUCGACAAACGAAUGCACCUAUCAUCGACCUCGGUUACUCUCAAUAUCAAGGUGUUUUCGAUGCAAAUAAUAAUGUGACAAACUUCCUUGGGUUACGGUAUGCAGCUGCGCCUACCGGCGAAAAUCGAUGGAGGGCACCUCAAGCACCUCAAAACACGAGUGGUGUUCAGCUUGCCAAUGCCAAUCCGCGGCCAUGCUUUUCAGCUCCAACUGGUGCUGCUCCCUCAAAUCCCUUCUUGAAGAACAAUAAACGUCAAACAAUAGCUAAGGGCGAGGAUUGCUUGUUUUUGAAUAUCGCGUUUCCAGGUUCGACAGUUCCAUCGGAAGGUUUACCUACGGUUAUAUGGAUCCAUGGUGGGGGGUAUAUUGCUGGAAGCAUAUCAUCGUUUCAACUAGCGGAUCUCGUCCGAGAAUCUAAUCAGGGAGUGGUUGUUGUCGCUAUUCAGUAUCGAUUGGGUCUCUUCGGCUUUCUUUCCGGGAACAAGGUCAAGGAGAACGGUGAUCUCAAUGCCGGGUUGCUCGAUCAAAACUUCGCUUUUCGCUGGGUUCGUGAGCAUAUCUCGAAAUUCGGGGGUGACCCGAACAAAGUCACAAUCUGGGGCGAGUCUGCAGGAGCGGGAGCCGUUUUACAGCACAUUAUCGCCGAAGAUGGGAAAACUAACCCACAGCUAUUUAGAGGUGCCAUUACGAGUUCCACCUUCUUGCCUUCACAGUAUAUGUUCAAUGACCCACUUCCUGAGGCGUUAUACAGCGAAGCAGUUUCGCAGACAAACUGUUCUCAAUCCUCCGACACAAUGGCGUGCCUGAGAGCUGCGGACGCUCAAGUUCUCCAAAAGGCGAACGAGGACAUCAACGUUGCUGGGUUCUUUGGCACGUUCCCCUUCGUACCUGUGGUCGAUGGAACGUUCAUCAAGCAGAGAGCAACCAAGGUUCUGAAACAGGGAACAGUGAACGGGCAAGCGCUCCUGGCUGUGUCGAAUGCAAACGAAGGUCAAGUCUUUGUGAAUCAAAGUGCACCUGCCAAUGUCAGGGACUUUGUGGGUCAACUCUUCCCAACCUUAGGACCUCAGCAAGAACUUGCUGUCACUCGGCAGUAUAACGGACUGGGGUCACAAUUGAACCAAGAGAACCUCGUCAUGGGUGAAUCGAUCUUUGUAUGCCCGACAUACUUCCUCCUGAAUGCAUUCCGAAGCCGAUCGUUCAAGGGAGUAUUCGCGAUAGAUCCAGCUCUUCAUGGCCAGGACGUAAACUACUACCUCCCUUUCGGUCGCCCACCCCCUUUCAAUAAUACCGAUUUCGUGAAAGCUUUCUCUCAAUCCUUCCUGUCAUUCGUGAUAUCUCUCGACCCGAACGUGAAAUUUGAUUCCUCAAACAUUACGCCGCAUUGGAAGUUAUACAAUGAGGGAGAAACGGAGAUGGUUUUUAACCGGACUGGUGACGCUCCGGAUGUUCAUACGGUGACAACGGAUUGUGAAUUUCGAAAGAGAUGCAGUUUCUGGGAGAGUCUGAGUACUUUGACUGCUCAAUAAGACGCUGUCAAAACGUUUAGUCCGACUGUAGAUAUCAUUGACAUUAAUAAGGACUUGACCGUGACUUUUUUGCACAUACUAAUGACUGGAGUAUUCUAAAACAAGUUGUCGUAAUUAUGGUUAGUUACAGGUUUACGAAACAUUUAACUUGAACUCUUUCCGGAUUAGCAGGUCGGAGAAAGAAUGUUGUGGAUUAAACCAGGAAGGAUGGGUUCUAAAUUUCCGCGUCAAGCAGUCCUGAAAUGCAUCCCCUCUAACGCGAUCUCUGCAGGAUCUCCAGAGUCGAACGGUAACACACGCUAAAGAUGAGGUACGCAGUCCCAGUCCAGCGGCGAUACCUUGCGCAAAAUUUCCGCAGGCUCAUUUUCCAUCAUUGGUGGUGGGCUGGAGGCAAGUCCGAACAGUAGAUGACAUGCACUGUCGUCGCCGGCAAAAAAAAAAGAAACAAAAAAAAAGUAAAAGCUCCUCAACUACAGAUAAGUAAUGGACAGUCGCAUCCCCGCAUCUCCGAAGCAGUGCAAAUCGUCGAAUGAUCUUUC